GCGGGGGGCGGCGGCGGCUCCGCGGGGCUCCGCGCGCGCGGAGCGGCAGCAGCAGCAGCAGCAGCACCACCACCACCGCCGUCGGCAGAGGAGGAGGAGGAGGAGGAGGACGGGGCUGGGCGCCCGGCUCGCCGCUCUUCCUGCCGGGGACGUACACACUCGUUCAUGCACGAGCGCUUUUUUAUUUUUCUUUUUCUACGGCAAUUUUUUCAAAUACUAUUUUUUUCCUUAUUAUUUUUUUUCCUUAUCCCGAGGGGUUUCAUUUUCGCUCGGUACCUCGCAACUGCCAAAUCCAACCUGCACAAACUCCUGGCCGUCGAUCCCGCCGCCACCACGGGUCCUGGAGCCGGGAUUUUCGGGGCUUCGGGGGCGCGCCGCCUCCCCCCUCCCCCGCGGCGGUGCACGCUGGCCGUGCCCAGCGCUGAGAGACUUUCGGCGGCAGGCGUGCCGCUCUCCUGAAACGCCGGGGGCAGGCGGAACGCACUUGUGAACUGGACCAGCUGCUUCGGGGAGGGGGUAAACCCGGUGUGGUGAGGAAAAAAAGCAGACCGACACCCCCCUCCAAAAAAAAAACCAAAACCCAAACCAAAAAARCCCAAAACACCCCAAGGAAAAAAAAAAAGCAAACUUGGACGAGCGGCUCGCGGCGCUGCUUUUGCAGAAACUCUUGUCUGACCGCGGGCGGCCCCGCCGCUCCUGCUGCUGCCGCCGCCUCGAGGGGGACAGGACCGCGCCGCCGGGGACGAGGCGCCGGUGUGGAAGUACAAGUGGUGCGGGGAGCGGGGGCGCGGCCGCGGGGGGCUGCGCUGUCCCGGUGCCGUUGUGAGAAGUUGCGCGCCCUGCCCCGCGCCGGAGCGGCGCUGAGCUCCGGAGCGGCGCUGAGCCCCGGCGAGCCCCCCGCCGCCGCCGCGAUGGUGCAGCAGACCAACACGGCGGAGAACACGGAGGCGCUGCUGGCCGCCGAGACCUCCGACUCUGGGGCCGGCAUCGAGCUGGGCAUCGCCUCCUCCCCCACGCCGGGUUCCACCGCCUCCACGGGGGGCAAGGCGGAUGACCCGAGCUGGUGCAAGACGCCCAGCGGGCACAUAAAGCGGCCCAUGAAUGCCUUCAUGGUUUGGUCCCAGAUCGAGCGGCGAAAGAUCAUGGAGCAGUCCCCCGACAUGCACAACGCCGAGAUCUCCAAGCGCCUGGGCAAGCGCUGGAAGCUGCUCAAGGACAGCGACAAGAUCCCCUUCAUCCGGGAGGCGGAGCGGCUGCGCCUCAAGCACAUGGCGGACUACCCUGACUACAAGUACCGGCCCAGGAAGAAGGUGAAGUCGGGCAACAGCUCUGCCAAGCCCGGCGACAAGGCGGACAAGGGCGGCGGGGGCGGCGCCGGCGGGGGCAGCGCGGGCGGCGGCUCCGGCGGCCCCGCGGCCCCCGCCAAACCCGCCCCGAAGAAGGGCGGCGGCGGCGGCUCCAAGCCCUCCCCCGCGGGCGGCGGCGGCGCGGGAGCGGGCGGCAAGCCCCACGGCAAGGCGGCGGGGGGCAAGGCCGCCCCCUUCCCCGGGGAGCCGUCGGCCGCGCUGCUGCCGCCCGAGCACCAGGCGCUCUACAAGCCCCGGGGAGCGGCGGGCGCGCCCUCGGGAACCGGUAAGCCGCUGGCCGAGAAGAAGCUGAAGCGGGUCUACAUCUUUGGGAGCGGGCAAGCGGCGGCCUCCUCCGCCUCCCCCGGCGGCGCCGUGCCCGGCAGCCCCACCCUGAGCAGCUCGGCGGAGGCCGGCGAYCCCUUGAGCCUCUACGAGGAAGGGGGCGGCGGCGCCGGCCGGCCCGACGGGGACUGCGGCGGAGUCGCCUGCCCCUCGCCCUCGGGCUCCGGGUCGCCCUCGGAUCACCGCAGCUACACCAGCUUGCGCGCUUCCUCCCCGGCCCCCUCGACGCCGCAUUCCUCCGCGUCCUCCCACUCCUCCUCCUCUUCCUCAUCCGGCUCCUCUUCGUCGGACGAYGAGUUUGAAGACGACCUCUUGGACCUGAACCCCAGCCCCGGCUUUGAGAGCAUGUCCCUGGGCAGCUUCAGCUCCUCGGUGCUCGACCGGGACCUGGAUUUUAACUUUGAGCCCGGCUCGGGCUCGCACUUUGAGUUCCCGGACUAUUGCACGCCGGAGGUAAGUGAGAUGAUCUCGGGGGACUGGCUGGAAUCCAGCAUUUCCAACCUGGUCUUCACUUACUGAGGCGAGAGCCGGGCCCUGCUGGAGGAGGCACCGGCGCGCGUGGCUGUCGGCAGGACUCGCCCACCCCGCCGGGCUCUUUUGUCGUUUUCUGUUUCGUUUGGUGUUUGUGUUUUGGGUUUUUUUUUUAGGGGGGGAGGAGGUGUUUUGUUUGUUUCUGGGAACGGGCUGUUGAGAGACUGCUUCUUGUGCUCGGGGAAGGAGCGGGAUCGCCCUCUCCUUUCGGACAGGCCGACAGUCCSCUUCCUCCGGCUGCAGACGGACCCGCACACACCCCCUCCGAGAGAGGAGUCUGACGGUGCUUUUUGAGAGACUGGCGGGAGCGAAACGCUGUCCUUUUCCAUUUUUUUUGUUUCCUGAAAAGAGAGAAAUGGGGAGGGAGGGGAAAACCACACACACCUCUGGGUUCUUUUUUUUGCCCAUUUUAUACGAAUAAAGGGGCGGGGGAGCGAUGCGUUGUGCUGAGCGCACACUGGAUGUCUUGAGCAUUUCGCCCUUUCCUGCGAAAGAGCGAUCAGAACUGCUUGGGAAAAAAAAAAAAAAAAAGAAGAGAAAAUCCACCUUGCAAAACCCUUUGCAAGGUUCACGUUUGUGGGGGAGAAAUCCUGCCCAAGUUUCUUCUGCGGUGAGAGAAGGCAACAAUGCUGGGAGGAGAAGGAGGAGGCGGAUGGAGCUGGACUGAGAUCGUAUUUAGGCGGAGAAGAGCCAGACUUACACUUGAGAGCUGUCUUGGAAAUACGGUGGGGGGAAAUAAUAAUAAACUGAAAUGGAUUUGCACGUACAGAUGAGGUGGUGGCAGCGCUUUUCUCAGUCACCUCGUGUAAUAUGUAGAGAGAAAAAUAAGGCUGAAACUUCAAGAACACUGAAAACUUCUUUUGAAACAGAGACCGAAUAGGAACAGUUUCUGUCAUGAUGUGGUACAGGGGAAAUGGAGGGCGAUGGCUUUUGCAAAAAAAAAAAAAAACAAAAACCCGAAAAUACAAAAAAAAAGAAGUAGUUUUUUUUCUUCUUACUCAGAAUCGUGAUGGUGUUGGAUUAUUUCACUGGUGGGGUUUAAUAUAGCAUGUUAUACUGUCUAUCUUUUCAAGAUUUCUGUAAGACUGUUGAACAGUUAAAAAACAA